AUGGACAUAAGUAAGGGAGAAUGCGAUGAAUCUGACAAUCUUUCGGAGGAAGACUGGGGGUAUAACGACGGCCGAUGGGGCGUCAUAAUGAAUGAGAUGCGCAAGUACGACCCUCCUGAGGUCACUCUCUCCGCCUUCGAUGAGACCGGUCGAGACGAAUCGACGAUUCCCGUGUUGAAGCAACGGUCAUACACUGGUAGAAAGGUCAUUCCCUCUGCUCUGGCCGACACUCCCUGUGCCAAUCUUGGUGUUCAUGGAGUAUUCGAGAAAUUUAACACAAUGCUCGGCACUUCAUACACUCCAUCUCCCCUGUUGUUCUCAGUUCUCGAAUCCUAUAUCAAACAAGAAUGCAAUUUUGGCAUGGUCUAUGCUCAUUUGCGUUUCUACUGGUUUCACCCCGCUGUCAUCGAAGAGUCGUUGCGCAGAGACGAAGAGAGGGACAGGAUAAUGCGGAGGAAGGCGAUCGUCGGUGCCAAGAUCACCAAGCGGGACAUGCCCCCGCGACGUGUCUGGGAUUUGUAUGCUAAUCGGGUGGUCCCAUACUGGGUUGCGCUCACAGACUGGACGGGGAUCUCACAUGCAUGGGUGGCCGAAGAAGAGCGCAAGAAUGCUAUGACACCCAUCAACGGAUACGAGUGGCCCGUGCCCAUACCGAAAGAUGUUGACCUUAAUCUCAUCCGCAUCGAGAUGUUGAACCGCGGAGCAGAGUAUGUGUGGUUGGACGUUCUGUGUUUGCGGCAGGAGUAUGCGAUUAGAGAGGAUCACUAUGAGGAGGAUCAGCACAAGGAAGGUCAGCGCAAGAAGGAGUGGAAAUUGGACGUCCCCACGAUCGGAGGAGUGUAUGAUGGCAGCCUUAGAAACAUGUCGCAUACAGUGGUCUAUUUAAGCGGACUGGGUCGGCCGUUGAAUUUCAUACUGGGUGAUCUCGAGAGCAACCAGUGUUGGUUCAAUCGGGCGUGGACGCUACAGGAGAUCCCAGAUGACUCUGAGCCGUUCGCUGUUGGUGGGGAUACUGGUGACGCGGAAGAGGAAAUGCUAACGAGGGUCCAUGAUCAACUGAAAUUAUUGCGCGACAUGCGAAGAUGGGGGACGCCGUUUACGAUCCUGUCACAGAUGCGGAAUCGGGUGUCAAGAAAGCCUUUGGAUAAAGUUGCAGGCUUGAUAUACCUUCUUGAUGCAAAGUCUAUUCCAAUAUAUGAUGGGGCUCAGUCGGAAGAAGAUGCCUGGGCAGCCCUUGUGGAUACCACGUCGCCUUCGUUACGGGCAGAGUUGUUCUUCUGCUUCCCCAGACCUGGGAAUAAAAACAAAUCUUGGCAUCCAUCAUGGGAGCAGGUAAUGGCGCACACACUUCCGUGGGGUGAUAAGGGAUUCAAUGUCGGAUAUGUUUUUUGGACAGAGGAGAUAGAUUCCGACUGGUACGAGGGACCACGUGUUGACUCAGUCUAUAUCAAUGGGUUGGCUGAAACAUCGGACAACCCUCGACACGGGAACUUGUUCGUCAAAGCUGACUUUUCGUGGUCGUACAGUGAAUGCAAAAUCGUCGCUGACCACACUUACCCGAUACGUGAUGGCUGGUAUACACUCAUAGGCACUGGUGGAGGGUACGUUCCAUCAAUCUCUGAUUUUUGGGUAGUUGGGAGGCUAAGACCUGAUGGGAAGUUUGAGAAAGUGUCGGUCAUCCGUUUUGAAUACCCUACAAGGCCCGAGAGGCGAUUCAGGGAUGAAAUAUGUGUUAAAACGGUUCUGUGUUGA